GUCGGACUGUGCCAUCCUCUACAACGACCGCUCGGUGCUGGAGAACCACCACAUCAGCGCCGUCUUCCGCUUGAUGCAGGACGACGAGAUGAACAUCUUCGUCAACCUCACCAAGGACGAGUUUGUGGAGCUGCGGGCGCUGGUGAUCGAGAAGGUCCUGGCCACCGACAUGUCCUGCCACUUCCAGCAGGUCAAGACCAUGAAGACGUCCCUGCAGCAGCUGGAGAGGAUCGAUAAGUCCAAGGUGCUGUCGCUGCUGCUGCACGCGGCCGACAUCAGCCACCCCACCAAGCACUGGUCGGUUCACAUGGAGGAGUUCUUCAGGCAGGGGGACAAAGAGGCCGAGCUGGGGUUGCCCUUCUCACCGCUCUGCGACCGCACGUCCACGCUGGUGGCCCAGUCCCAGAUCGGAUUCAUCGACUUCAUCGUGGAACCCACCUUCUCCGUGCUGACCGAUGUGGCCGAGAGGAUGGUGCUGCCCGUGGCCGAGGAUGGCACCAAAGCCAACAACAACCCGGUGGCCAACCAGCAGGCCAG